UGGUAACGCCUGGUGAUAUCUUUACAUUUGGCCUCAUCGUUUACUAGGCCCACUUUUACGGAGACCCCGUAGAUUGUCAUGCACAAAGUAAGGAGCCAGUUAGGGAAACUUCAAAAUCUUACAGGUGAAGGUGUAAGCAGCAGUCUCUCCCAGGGUGAUUUAGAGGAAAAUGGUCUUCAGGGAAUACAACUGCGCAGUUAUCAACUGGAGGGAGUGCGAUGGAUGAAGCGUUCUUUGGAAAAUGGACAAGGAUGCAUUCUUGCAGAUGAAAUGGGUCUUGGCAAAACUAUACAGACUAUUGCUCUUUUGAUCUAUCUUCAAGGGGUAAACAAUUGCCCAGGGCCAUUUCUCAUAGUGUGUCCAUUAUCUGUUUUGCAAAACUGGCAAAAUGAAUUCUCAAGAUUUUCUAAGCAUCAAGUUGUACUGAGCUUCAUUGGUGAUAAAGAUGAGCGAGAAGAAAUAAAGAAUUCAGUCAGAAUUGUGUUCAAAUCUCAGAAUGCUGUCCAUAGAAAUGAGUCUCUUUCAUUUCAUGUCCUUCUUACCACAUAUGAAAUGUGUUUACGGGAAACAACUUUCCUUUCAAAAUUCCACUGGAAAGCAAUGAUAGUGGAUGAGGCUCAUAGAUUGAAGAAUUCCAGGUCUUCUCUUUAUCAAGAAUUGUCUCAGUUUGAAAAAGACUUUGUGGUAUUGCUCACAGGAACACCAGUACAGAACAACUUGAAUGAACUGUAUUCCUUGCUCUCAUUUGUGAGCCCUGACAUCUUCACCCUUGAUGCUGUAGAGGAAUUUGUGGAGCAGUUCACAAAUGUUGACAACUCAGACACGAGUACAGAGUUACAGAAUAUUUUGUCUCCAUUUUUGUUACGUCGAGUUAAGUCCGAGGUGAUGGCACAUUUACCAAGAAAGACUGAGGUCCUUCUUUACACUGGUAUGACUGAUUUACAGAAAAGAUAUUACAAGGCAAUACUUAUGAAAGAUUUGGAUGCCUUCAAUUCUGCAAGUGGUUUCAUGAAGACAAGACUUAUGAAUAUUCUAAUACAGCUCAGAAAAUGUAUCAAUCAUCCAUAUUUAUUUGAUGGAGUGGAACCUGAGCCAUUUGAACUUGGGGAACACCUUGUUGAUGCAAGCGGGAAACUUCGAAUUAUUGACCAGUUGUUAAUUUUCCUUAAAGCAAGGGGACACAAAGUUUUAAUGUUCUCACAAAUGACAAGAAUGUUAGACAUCAUUCAGGACUACCUUGGUUACAGAGGAUAUUCCUAUGAACGACUGGAUGGUUCUGUCCGUGGAGAGGAACGCUAUCUUGCCAUUCAAAACUUUAACGAAACAGAAGACACUUUUAUAUUUCUUUUGAGCACGAGAGCGGGUGGCCAAGGCUUGAAUCUGAUGUCUGCAGACACUGUGAUAUUUGUAGACAGUGACUUCAAUCCCCAGAAUGAUUUGCAAGCGGCGGCAAGAGCGCACCGUAUUGGGCAAACAAGGCCUGUAAAAGUUAUUCGACUUGUUGCGAGAAGUACAGUAGAAGAAAUCGUGUUGAAAAGGGCAGACGACAAGCUAAAGCUAACAAAUUCAGUUAUUGAAGGGGGAAAGUUUUCAGGUAACGCCUCAGCUUUAAACCAAAUUGCCGAGACUCCAACACAGCUGGCAGACUUACUCAAGUACGGCUUGGACAAGUUAUUUGACUCAGAUGAGAGGACCCUUACAGAGGAAGACUUGGAAAAGAUUCUAGGAGAAAGUUUUAACAAUGAGUGGACUGUGGGAGAAACGAGAAACCAGAGUAAUUUGAAUAAAGACGUCAUAGUUUCGUGUAUGGAAACAGAUGAUGGUGAGAAAGCAGUAAGUGACAUGUACGUGUAUGAAGGUCAUGACUACAGAGAAACAACUGUGAAAGAUCAAGAGGCAUUCGACAACAUGAUGGCUGACAUGUUAGAGGAAUCCCAAACAGAAGAACGACUACUCCGAAGCGAGAGAAAGGGAUCCGUAGCCCAUUUCGUUGACCUUCCCAUGAGAAAGCGCAAAAUUCUCUCGCCAGAGGAGUUAGAGGAGCGAAAGAAAAAGAGGGAAGAAAAUGCUGCAAAAAGAGCAAAGCUAAAGGAGGAAGAGGAGUCUAGGAAGGAAAGGGACAGACAAACAAAAUUGGAAAAGUUAUGGAAGGACGCCGAUUACUCAACCCUUAAUAUUGCGAAUGGUGAAGAAGAAGACGAAGAUGAAACUAAAGAUUCAUUUGACGAAGAAGACGAACGUGAGCAAAAAGAUAUUCGAUACGUACGUGGUGACGUCACACAUCCCAUCAAAAUAUGCGGUUCCGAUGCCAUCAUAAUACACUGUGUUGACGACUCUGGGAGGUGGGGUCAGGGAGGACUAUUUUCCGCGUUAUCUCGAAGAUCAACUCGACCAGAAACUCAGUACGAGCUAGCCAAUAGAAUGAAAGAUCUGAAGUUAGGAGAUGCACAUCUUGUCCCACUUGACGAUCGACGAAACCCAAAGGAUGGUCAUGAAUAUGUGGCCUUGAUUGUGGCUCAGUCACGUGACAGGCAGAACAGACUCUCUGGGAUAAAAUUGACGUCAUUAAGUCUAGGCUUGAAGAGGAUAGCAUUGGCGGCAAAGAAAAUGAAAGCUACUAUUCACCUUCCACGAAUUGGUUACAAUACACCUAGUUUUAACUGGUAUGGCACGGAGAGACUGUUACGGAAGCACCUUGUCUGCAAAGGAAUUCAGACAUCAGUAUAUUAUUUUGAUAGACAAUCAGCUACAAAUAACUCAAAAACUCUGACAUCAUUAAACGCAGAUUCUCUGAAAAAAAGAAGUUACAAGGCGAAAGACAAGCGGGAAACAUCCAAGGAUGAUGAAUCCUCUCAUAGUGAACAUCGAAAGAGUACAAAGCAUUCACUACCUGACUUCAUGUACGGUGUAAAUGUCUUGUUUCAUAAUGUUGAAGAGACACAUAGGAAGCAAUUGACACGCUAUCUGGUGGCUUACAAUGGCGAUGUAUCACACAUUGCGUGCGGGGAUGUGACUCAUGUGGUAACUUGUGAUGAUAGCGAUCAAUAUCACUCCUCUCAAGAAUUAAACGAUGAUGUUAAGGUUGUCAGUUCAAAAUGGCUAGAGAGCUGCUUUAGAAAAAGAAGAAUUCAGGAAACAGAACCGUAUGAAAAACAGAGGAAGGAAAAGAAUUAAUGUUAAAGUGUACUUGGUAGCGAAAUUAAACUUUUUUCUUUUGUUUUUUUA